AUGGGGAGCAACAGCCUGCCGAUGUCGCAGCAGAUGUACUUCAGCACGCACAACGCCCUGCGGAUAAACGACGAAAACGAUGUGAUCAGCACCCUGUUCUACGAGAUAAACGGGAACAGGCACAUCAGCCUGCUGAUCUUCCCCUUCUACGACGUGCAAAUGCUGAAGAGGCUGCUCAUAAAAAAGUUAAAUCUGCCCGGAGGAGUUAAAGUGAAUGACAUCAUCAUAUUCUACAAGGGAAUCAAAUUGCCAAACUACAGAAUUAUAAGUACCUACUUAGAAAGUACCAGUCGAAAUGAGAAAAAAAAAAAAAAAAAAAAAAAAAAAUUAAAUAAAUUAUAUUGGGCCAUAAAGGAUACCAACCCUAAUGCAUCCAUAAGAGUUAUAGACCAAAAGAGUUACCCUCCUUUUUUUGAAAACAUUUUACACGACAUUAAGUUAGCUUUUAAAAAGAACAUUUCUCCAAAGCUGACUAUGGAUGGGACAGGAGGUACGUACCUCCUCUUCAACAGCAAGAAGAAGGUGUGUUCUGUUUUUAAGCCGUUAGAUGAGGAAGCCUUUGCCCCAUUUAAUCCUAGGGGGUAUGAAGGGAAGAUGUAUCAGGAGGGGUUUCGGUCUGGAGUGCUAUCUGGGGAAGGAGCGAGCAGAGAGAUAGCUGCCUACAUACUGGAUAAUAGCUAUAAUAACUUUAGUAGCGUGCCCUGUACCAUCAUGGUGGAAGCUUGCAACCCUCACUUUAAUAAUAAGAGCAAGCUGAAAUACGUAGAUAACGAAGCUACUCUCAAGUGGAAAUGUGGGUCGCUGCAAGAAUUUGUGGAUUCUAGAGAGAGCGUAGGCAACUACGAUUACAAGCAGUUUAGCAUUAGGGACAUCCACAAGAUUGCCAUUUUGGACAUACGGGUCAUGAAUUUGGAUCGGAACGAUGGGAACAUUUUGGUUUCUCCUUUGAAGAGUCUCAAGGACUCCUGCAACCAGUUCCUCUACCGCAACAACCGCAGCCUCGGCACCACCGACGAGGACAUCCUCAAGCGGAUCGUCACCAUUGAGAAGAAGCCCUCCAGGUACAGUCUCAUCCCCAUAGACCACGGACUCAUCAUGCCCCACAUAAUGGACGUCGCCGAGAUCGACUUGGUUUGGUUCGAGUGGCCCCAGACGAAGGUCCCCUUCGACGACGAGGAGCUGGAGGUCAUCUUCACGUUCGACCCAGACAAGGACGCGGAGAAGAUCCGCAACAAGCUCCUCAUCCGGGAGGACUGCAUACGCACCAUGCGCGUGUGCACGCGGCUGCUGCAGAUCGGCGCCCGCAUGCACCUGAAUUUGCACGAAAUUGCGAAAAUCAGCACGCGGAAGAGCAUCGACGAGGAGUCCGUGCUGGAGCACCUCGUCAGGGACUCCAUCGUGCAGGCCUACCAAAUGAUGGACUACACCUCCCUGAUGAGCACCAACCGGCUGGGCCACAUCCUCGACCUGGCAGAAAUAAAAAUUAACAAAAAAAAAAAAAACAGCAAAAUGAAGACCAUCGAGCACAUCGACGAAGCAUUGAAAGGAGCAAACGAAACAGCAGAUAUGAAGAGGAUAGAAAACGCCACUUGUCGCUUUAGCCCCUUAUCGAAGGACAAGUGCAGGUCGUUGGACUACAGCUUUGGGAAGUGUCUGCCCAGUGGAUACACCUGCCAGAUUGUAAAAGGCGUAAUAAAUGCUGAGGAUAAAUUAAGUGGGGGCAGCUCCAAGGGGAAGAAGGAAGGAAGAAGCCCUCUUGGGAGUCGUGACAGAUCGGUGGAGACUUUAACGUAUGGAACCUCUGGCGGGUCGUUAGUGCACCCUCCGGGCAUCGCUGCGGGGGAGCCCUCCUCAGUAGGUGCACACCCCGGGGAGGUGCAAAGUAAAGACGGGGCGGUGGAGGAGAGCGCUCUUGAGAGUGCAUCGCGUGGGUCCGGUGUAACCCCGCCAGGUAUAAUCCCAUCGGAAGGAAUCCCACCAGGUAUAAUCCCACCGGGCGGAAUCGAAUCAGGUAUAAUCCCACCGGGCGAGGCAAAAGGAAGCCUGAGCAACGAAUUCGAAGCUCUGAAGAGGAAAGAAAAGAGCGCCUACGAUGGCUUGUACGGCACCGCUGACGUGGAUCUCAAUGCGGGAAGCAACCAGAAUGAGCAAAAUAAAACGUCCACCAACUCGUUGAGCAACAGGAGUGACUACACGCUGGUGACUGCCAGCUCCAGCUCGUGCGUGGACGAGAAGGGGGGGAGCAAUUCCGGCAGCGGGGGGGAAAGGAAGGGGGAAGGGAAGCGGGAUGGCCAUAGUGAUAACCAACAGGACAGCCAACAGGACAGCCAACAGGACAGCCAACAGGUCAGCCAACAGGACAGCCAACAGGUCAGCCAACAGGUCAGCCAACAGGACAGCCAACGUGGUGACCCACGUGAGAACCAACCGGACGACCGCGCACCGGCGCGAGCAUACAGCGCGAGCGACCAAGAUGUGCGGGUAAAGAGAAAAAAGAAGAAGAAGAAGAAAAAAAAAAAGCAUUUCGAUAAGGAUGGCAGCAAGCCAGGUGACGACAAGAGGGAGGACGAGGAAGGAAAGGAGUUGCCCAGUGACAAGCCGGACGAUGUGCCUGAAGAGGGCCAGACGGGGACCGCCCAGGGGGGGUUGCUCAAAAGCGGCCUGCAGGGCCACACGGAAGAUGAUGAAGAAGAAGAAGAAGAAGAAGAAGAAGAAGACGACGAUGAUGAAGACGACGAUGAUGACGAUGAUGACGAUGAUGACGACGAUGACGACGAUGACGACGACGACGACGAAGAAAACGACGUGCCGUUCAAAAAACCCUCGGGGACCAUCAAACGGAUAAGCGAAGGCGGAGGGACGACCUACCGGAGCAUCGAAAUGAACAAAGUAAAUUCCGUAUGGGUGAUUCGAGACAAGAACAACAAGGUUAUAAACGUCAAAUGGGAAAAUAAAAUUUUUGAGAAGCUUUUCUUCGAGACGUUUGAGAAUUAUGUGAAGAGGUACAUCAACGAGUACCACCCGGAGUGGAGGCAAUACCCCUACAACGGCUCCCAGAUCAGCGGCAUCAAGCACGGCUACCUCAAGGGCAUCCAGUGA